AAAGAGUCCAACAAUUAAACUUCCAUUGCGCAUGCGUGAAUCGGGACGGUAUUAUGGCGUCUGGUUGCCACGGCAACCGGUUUUGGCGGGAAGCGCCCACGCUCGCGGCGCUGCGCAACUAAUUCAGCGGUCGGAGAUUUACCAUCAACUGUACGGUACUCAGCGUGAGUCGUGAACGCCGUCUAAACACAUUCGACCGCAGUGCACCGCGAAGAGCGACCGCCGCGUUUCCCGACGACAGCCACGGCUGAUCGAAAAUUGCGACUGUUAACAGAUAACAUAGAACUAAAUAUCUAUUCUAGUAAUACUAUACAGUCUUAACGAUUAGAUUAACCGCGCCAGUAAAGUGUCGUCCCAUUAAUUAUUAAGCAUCUACUUGUUAAAAUCAGAGCAGGACUUGGCAGAGCUUUGCGAAACCGAUAGUAAGGACUGCUCGGACCUCGUCAUCGAUAUCGAAGGGGCUCUUUCCGUGCGAGGGUCCGAUGGGCGUACGGCAGAACCCGUGGACACCAACAAAACGCCGUGGGCCCAUAGCUGCCGAAGCCUCCAGUCCCGGACCAGCGGUCGUGUCACUUCCUUCACUUAUAGGUAAACCACCUCAAGAAUCUCGCAGACCACGAGCUCCAGCUUUUACUUUUGGCCAAAAGCUGGAUCCCCCUGGUACCACUGUCAAACUUGGGCCCGGACCAGCCUCAUACAACACAGAAGGAAUGACAGCCAAAGCAGGGCGCUCCGCGGCGCCCGCUGCGUCCCUGCACGGGCGUUGGCCGCCGCCGCGCGUCGCCCCGACACCGGCUCCGUGUGACUACGAGCCUAUCAAAGCAGUCAGAGCCGUUUACGACCACGCUCCGGCCUUCUCCAUCGGCCUCCGAGUAGCACCGCCGCAGCCCGCCGGCAAAACGCCAGCGCCAAACACAUAUUCUAUGCCACCUGUUCUCGGCGAAGCCAAGGAGGGUGGUAAACGCGCUGCGCCGGCGUACAGCAUCACCGGGCGUGGUAAAGCACUCGAGUCAAAGGGUCUACAGCCCGGCCCAGGGACCUACACCACUGACAAAGCUUCUACGGUGCUCACCAAGCGGCCUCCCGCUUACACUAUCGCACCCAGAAGAGAACAGAGGCCUCCCACAGCCGCGGUACCAGGCCCUGGUGUUUAUUGCCCUGAAAAGGGUGACAGAACAACCCAUCGUGCGAAAAGUACAAGAAGCACAUUCUCAAGAAAAAUGAAACUCGAAAAAGCCGAACCAAUUCCCGCACCUAAUGCUUACUGUCCUGAAAAGGCAGAUAGGUUACUAAGAGCAAAAUCUCCAGCUUUCUCUUUUGGAACUAAAACUGAAGUAAUUAAAAUACACAACGCACCUGCUCCUAAUGUUUAUUCACCAGAAAAAUCUAUCAACGCGCUUAAAAAUGGGCCGAAAUAUACUUUAGCUGGCAAAGGUGUAUGUGAAAAGUUGGAAGUAACCCCAGGUCCGAACUACUAUAGCCCCCAGAAGGCUGAUAAAAUACUACAUGAAAGUUCCCCGUCUUAUACGAUGCGAUCGAAAGAAGUUGUUGAAAAAUUUGAGCAAACACCAGCCCCAAACGUAUAUGCUCCUGAAAAGUCUAUGCAUAUGUUGAACGGUGGACCCAAGUAUACUAUUUCUGGAAAGGGAGUGUCUUCCAAGAUGACAGUAACCCCAGCGCCUAAUAGUUACAGUCCUGAAAAGGCUGACAAAGUCCUGCAUGAAAGUUCACCUGCUUAUUCAUUUAGAAUUAAAGAACAAACAGUCAUUCGAAGUGAAUCUCCGGCACCAAAUGUAUACGCUCCAGAAAAAUCCAUCCAUAUGUUAGAUAGUACUCCAAAAUUCACCAUGGGUGGUAAAGGUCACUGUGACAAAAUUGAAAAUACACCCGCUCCUAAUGCUUAUUGCCCUGAUAAAGCAGACAAAAUCUUGCACGAAUCAUCUCCUGCUUAUUCGUUUAGGGUAAAAGAUAAUAUAAAAAUAACUGACAACACUCCUGGUCCUAACGUUUAUACGCCAGAGAAUUCUGUCAAUAUGUUUCAUAGCUCUCCUAAGUACAGCAUGGCGGGAAAAGGAUCAACCCCAAAGUCCGAUUACGUGCCGGCACCUAACACUUACAGCCUUGAUAAGGCUGAUAAGCUUCUUCACGAGUCUUCACCCGCUUAUUCUUUUAGACCAAAGACUGCUACUGAUAAACCUAGUGAUACGCCAGCCCCAAAUAACUACGACCCACACUUAUUAGACGGUACGCCUAAAUUUAGUAUGUAUGGCAAAGGCCACGACGCAAAACCUUUUAAUACUCCAGGACCUAACGCUUACGAUCCCCAUCUACCUGAUGAUGCCCCAAAGUAUUCUCUAGCUGGCAAAGGUCAUGAUCCUAAACAUUUUAAUACUCCAGGACCUAACGCUUACGAUCCCCAUCUGCCUGAUGAUGCCCCAAAGUAUUCUCUAGCUGGCAAAGGUCAUGAUGCCAAACAUUUUAAUACUCCAGGACCUAACGCUUAUGACCCCCAUCUGCCUGAUGAUGCCCCAAAGUAUUCUCUAGCUGGCAAAGGUCAUGAUGCCAAACAUUUUAAUACUCCAGGACCUAACGCUUACGACCCCCAUCUGCCUGAUGAUGCCCCUAAGUAUUCUCUAGCUGGAAGAGGCCAUGAUGCCAAACAUUUUAAUACUCCAGGACCUAACGCUUAUGAUCCUCAUCUACCCGACGGCACGCCCAGAUUUACUAUGUCUGGAAGAGCGCCUGAUAGUAAAAUAUCGGACGUACCUGCUCCAAAUGCAUACGACCCGCAUUUACCUGAUGGUACUCCUAAAUAUUCUUUAGGCGGAAGAGGGCAUGAUUUAAAACCGUCGGAUACGCCUGGUCCCAACUCCUAUGAUCCCCAUUUACCGUCUAAUACUCCCAAAUUUACAAUCUCAGGUAAAGGACCUGACGCUAAGAUCUCCGAUGUUCCUGCCCCUAACAAAUACGAUCCUCAUUACAUAGAUGGUACUCCUAAAUUCACUAUUGCUGGUAAAGGACUACCUGGGAAAAUCGAUAAUAAUCCCGCUCCUAAUGCUUACAAUCCUGAGAAAAGUGACAAAGUAUUAUUAGAAAGUUCCCCAGCGUAUAGCUUUAGAAUUAAACACCAAUUAGAGAAACCCAGUAAUACACCCGGACCAAACGCCUAUGACCCCAGCAAAUAUGAUUACAUGUUAGAUGGUGCACCUAAAUACACUUUUGGAACAAAAGGUCCCGCUGACAAACCAUUAAACUAUCCAGCUCCUAACGCAUACAGUCCAGAAAAAGCUGACAAUGUUCUUCAUGAACACGCUCCUUCGUAUACAUUCCGGCCAAAAUUAGAUGAUGGCAAAACAUUUAACACACCUGGCCCCAAUGCUUAUAACCCAGAAAAGGCCAACAAAGAAAUUUACGACCAUUCCCCCGCUUAUUCUUUAGCUCCUAAAGGCAAAGACUCUAAAAUAAAUGACACUCCAGCUCCUAACGUGUAUAGUCCCGAAAAAGCCGACAGGAUUCUUCUGGACAGUGCACCAAGAUAUUCGUUCAGAAUAAAGACCAAUCCUCACAAGCCAGAUGAUGUUCCUGCACCAAACAGUUACAACCCGGAUAAAGCUGAUAAAGUAUUGUUGCACAAUGCGCCUCAAUAUUCAUUCAGGAUCAAAACUGAUAACGUCAAAACCGUUGAUACUCCAGCACCGAAUUCUUACAAUAUUCCAACGCCCGUUGAAACGCCUCUGUAUACAAUUUCGGGUAGACAUAAGGAACCGAUAGACGAGCGCCUGAAGGUUCCUGCUCCUGGAACAUAUAACCCUGAGAAGGGUUACAAGUUCAUGUUGACUUAUUCUCCUCAACAUACAUUCGGUAUAAAAAUACAUACAAAUAAAUUCGCAGACACUCCUGCUCCGAAUUCGUACCGCAUUCCGUCUGUAUUGGAUACUCCGGUAUACACGAUGUCUGGAAGGCACAAGGUACCUGUAGAUGAUCGCACGCGAGUUCCCGCGCCUGGCACCUACUCCCCUGAAAAGGUGCAGAUUAACAGAACGCCGCAAAUUACCUUUGGUAUCAAACACUCGCCUUUAUUGGGGCAGCUAAGACCACUACAGCCUCAGCGCCCGUCCGACAGACAAGUCUCACCAUCAACAAAUACCACUAAGGAAGUCUCCUCUGUUCAAAAGACAACAGUUCAUCAGAGCAACCAAGUCGAGAAUGUCAAGAACGUAAACCAUCAAAAUGUAAUUGAUAUUCAUGAGUCAAGUGAAAUCUUUAACACUGGAGCUCAUGUGACUCAAAUUAGACACGAUAAUGAUGUCAGAAGCACAACGGUUUCUCCCGAUCCAAUCCAACACCAAGAAACUCUAACCCAAGAAAUUGUUUGGGUUCCGGAGAAGCCAUUACGUCGUGGGUCUUACACCAUCGAUAAAGCCGAUGGAAAUGGAUACUCUGAACAUUAUGAGCACAGUGAGAUUAUUCCCGUAGAGAACGGAGUAAUAAGAGUAGCAGAAAAAGGAGAAAUGGGCGGUAACUGCACAGAAGAAAGGAGCAAUGAAGUGAUCAGUCGUGAAGGAUUCGAACAGAACAUUCAAAAGAACGUUAAGAAUGCAUCUGCUCAUGAAAAGAAGCAAGCAGCUACUGAGGAAGUGCGAACAAACACUGACGUCCAGAAACUUGCCAACGGUGGUAUUUCUAAAACAACGACUACAACUACGAUUAGGAAAGUGGGGACUGCCGCUAGAACCGCUAACGAGUCCACUGCAGUGACUCGCACCGCCACUGUGCUGACGUCACGAGACAUUGGCGUCAAAUAACUCGACUAUAAGGAGCUUUGUCGUGUAUUUAGUUCUAAUUUUGAUCCUACCAAUAUAAUACCUAACAGUAACUUACACACUUUUGAUUAACUUAAUCGUUACUCGCAUGUAACUUUCUAUGAUUACUAAUGCUGUGAGAAAUGCAAGCUAUAUUUAUUAAUUCUUUACUCGAUUAUUCUACGAUUCGUUUUUUUUUUCGCACAAUAUAUAAAAGGCGCGAUCUCUUGCUAUUUAUGUUACCGUUUUUGUAACGUUAUUUAAAUGUUAUUGUAAGAAAAAUGAUUUGACAAAUAAUUAUAAGUA